CUCUCUGCAGUUUACAACCCGAUUUCUGUUGUAUUUUCCAGCUUUAUCUGUAAAAUGUUUGUCUUUAAAGUUGUAGAAAAGCCCUACACGUAGUUGGAGAUAUUUAUUUUUGUUUUUUACCCCCGCAAACUUGUUGAUUUUAGGUUAGAAAUCAGAAGUUUUAGAGAAACCGCUGCUGCUACAGAGCAAAGUUUCAAUGGGGGAGGCGAGAAAACUGCAGAAAAAGUUGAGGCAGAUUGAAAAUUUGGAAAUAAAAAUCAGCCUAACACCAGAGGAGAGAUUCAAGAUCUCCAGGAAGGCGGAGCUGCGUUCCAGAUUGGCUGAGCUUCAGCUGCAGCUUUCUGGCCCGCAGCAAACUCCGGGGAACGAGGGAGACGAUAAAGAGGAGAAGAUGAAAAGACAAGUGGAGGAUGCCCCCGAGGCCGUUCCAUCACAAACGCCUCCUGCCUCCAAGAUUCUGAGGGAAGAGUCCAAAGCUGAAAAAAGUCCAGCUCCGAGGGCCAAGCAGAAGGAGGAGAGAGCGACAGAGACGAAGGGAGUCAGCAGACGACAGGAGGAGGCGGGCGGAGGGGACGGGGCCGCGGCGAGCGCCUCAGAGACAGAACGAAUACAGCAAACGAAUCAGGAAGAAGUCGAAUUUACAUCCCUCAGAGCAUCGUGGGAAAAGGCAAAGUUUCGCUCGAGGCUGCUGGACGGCCACAACGACAUCGUCACCUGCGCCGUCGCCGUUGACAACCUGGUGAUUUCUGGAAGUCGAGACACUACGGUGAAGGUGUGGCACGUUCCCACGGCAACGGAGCAGAAGAACCUCGGAGGUCACACCGGGGGGGUCACCUGUCUGUGUGCCCCGCCUCCAGAGUACUGCAAAAAACUGGCUUGGUCCCUGUCUCUGUCUGACAAAGAGAGGUUUAUUUUAAGCGGCUCCGCAGACUGUAAUGUGAAGAUCUGGGCUCUCAGUGUGGGCCAGUGUGUUAAGUCUAUUUACACAUUUAAUGCCGUCACUGCCCUCUGCUUCGUGCCGGAGGGAGACGGCUACAUCGUUACUGGAUCAGACGGAGGCAAAGUCCAGGCCUGGAGCUGGGACUCGUUUGAGAACUGUCAAUCAACCAACGCUCACGAAGACACCGUCACCUCUAUUCAGUCUCAGGGCCCGCUCGUGUUCUCUGGCUCGGCGGAGGGGGGCGUGUCCGUGUGGGAGAAUCGCUGCUCGACCCGGGAGCCCCUGAAGCGUCUGAGCCACUGGAGCGGGGGUCUGACGGGGUGCCGGGGCGGGCCGGGGGGCAGGCUCUCCCUCAGCCCCAGAGGAGACACGGUGUACCUGGCAUACGGGCAAGCCUGGAUCAAGGUCCUCAACUGGAGAACAGGAGUGAUGUCCAAGCUGACCAAUCACAGCAGCGUCGCCGGGGUAACAGAUUGUGUGCACCAGACGGGAGGCCUCCUAAUUGGCUCCUGCUACGAUCUGACGAACGGAGAGAGCGCGCUGAACUUGUUCUCUCUGCCUCAGUGUCGGUACCUGACCUCUCUGACCCGCCCCGACGCUCCCAGAGUCCUGUGUCUGGCCUCGUGGACCACGGGCAGCGGCGACCAUCGCUGGGUCACCGGGGGUCGUGACCUCGUCGUGUGGGAGCAGCUGCCCUCGUCUGGAAGGCAAAAAGGUGACGUGUUGGUGCGGAGAAAACACGGACUGGAUUCUGUCCUGGAGUCGGAGGAGGGCAGCGGGGACGAGAGCGACGACGAUGAAGACGAAGAAGAAGACGGAUGUGAGGAGUCGGAGGAGGAGGAGGAGGAGGAGAGCGGGUCGAGUCAUGAGUCAGCGGCCGUCACGGUUGCUAGGCGAUGUAACGUAAGCGCACAGACAGCGGUUGACGUACGCUCCGUGGCGGUUGACGGAGGCUACAUGGAGGAGUACCCUUCAUCAGCCGGGUACUCCGAACGCUCCAUCUCUCCUGCUGCACGACUGCUCGCCCUCCGCUGGCUACUCUCCGUCCUUUUGAUCUCCGUCUCGUUCCCGCCCUCCACCUGUAACCGCGACGACAGGGAGUCGGAGGAGCAGCUGUCCGUCACGGCCCAGGCCACGCCCACUCCCCUGUGGGCGGUGGUCUGGGGCCCGACGCAGCCCCUGGAGGACGAGACGUAUCACUUUAUCUCCAGCCAAGAGACGGAGCCGCUGUCGCACCCGGGGAGGCACCUCGUCGGGGGGAGUACCACGGCGCAGGACUGGCCUCGAGGUUCUCCCGGGAGCGCUCACCCACCGGGGGACACGCUGCUCCUGCCCAGGCCCAAAGACGGAGCGGAGGACGAGGGGACGGAGGCGGAGGAGACGGAGCCGGACGAAGGUGGGAAAAAACAUUCAAAUUAUGGAUUUUUAAACGAUUUCUGCGGCGGGCGAUAA